AGGACUCUACCCGAAAUGCAACGCAACGUCAAACGUCAAAUUAAAAAAGUUGACCGCAGUAUGUAUGGUGUAUGAGGAAAUGUAUAUGCAUAUGUAAUUUUCUCUCGGCGCGUAAGUUGAUAAGUACGUGUAUUACGUCUGCGACUUGCACAAAUCAGUCGGAGUGUCUUACGGUUGAAAUCCUUCGUGCGCAAAAAGAUGCAGGAUCUACGAUUUGACGGUCGAGUAGUCGUGGUGACAGGAGCAGGUGCAGGAUUGGGACGUACCUAUGCCUUGUUGUUUGGAUCUAGAGGAGCUAGCGUUGUUGUAAAUGAUUUAGGAAGCAGCAGACAUGGAGAUGGAAGCAGUACCAAAAGUGCAGACACUGUGGUUGAAGAAAUUCGGCGAAAUGGAGGCAAAGCUGUCGCGAAUUAUGAUUCCGUGCUGGACGGCGCAAAAAUCAUUAAAACUGCAAUCGACACAUUCGGCCGCAUUGAUGUAGUCGUUAAUAAUGCCGGUAUUCUGCGCGAUGUAUCAUUUGCAAAGAUGACGGACGCUCAAUGGGACAUGAUACACAACGUCCAUCUGAAAGGUGCAAUGAAAACGACUCAAGCAGCAUGGCCGUACUUUAUCAAACAGAAUUACGGCCGUGUAAUUUUUACGUCAAGCAACAGCGGCCUCUAUGGAAACUUUGGCCAAUCCAAUUACAGCUCGGCGAAACUUGGUCUCGUAGGAUUAGCUAACACGUUGGCUAUUGAAGGCUCAAAAAAAAAUAUUUACACCAACGUUAUAGUACCCACUGCUGGUUCGCGUUUAACUGAAGAUAUUCUUCCACCGGAUUUCUAUGAGCAAUUGAAGCCCGAGUUGAUAGCACCCGUUGUUUUUUGGUUGUGCCACGAAAAUUGUGCAGAAAAUGGCUCGAUAAUUGAAGCGGCAUUAGGUUGGGCUGGCAAAUGUCACAUAAUCCGCUCUUCGGGUUGCGUUUUGCGGCAAAAUUUAUUAGACAACGUUACACCAGAAAAUGUGCGAGAUAAUUGGUCGAAAAUAACAGACAUGACUUCAGCAAAGCGAUUUAAUUCGCUCCAGGAAGUAACGGGAGAACUGUUUAGUUGUCUCGAGAGCACGAAAAAUGGUACUCCUUCAAAUGAAGUAGACCAUGUUAUGAGGAAUGAUUAUAAUUUCCGUGAUUCUAUAUUGUACGCGCUCGGAGUUGGAGCUACAAUUGAAGAACCAACUGAUAUGCGUUACUUGUAUGAAAAUUCCGACGAGUUUGCCAUUUUACCUACUUUCUACGUUUUGUAUGGACCUAUGGGAUGCAUGACUUCUUCUCUUAUGCAAGACGCUCUUCCAUUUACAACUGUUGAUCCAACACAAAUACUUCAUGGCGAGCAAUAUCUAGAGGUUUAUAAGCAAUUGCCUACGGAAGCUACGGUGGAGACGCGCUUUAAAAUUCAAGAUGUCUUGGACAAAGGAAAAGGCGCUGUUGUCUUAAUUCAACAUGAUACUUACAAUACAGCAAACGGAGAGAAGUUAUCAACAGGACAGAUGUCUACAUUUAUCGUUGGUUCAGGUAAUUUUAAAGGAAAACGGACGUCAACAUUUCUUAUUCCAACCGUUGACCCUCCCACUCGAAGUCCAGAUGCAACGGUUACGCAGCAGACUAAUGUUGACCAGGCUGCUUUGUACAGAUUAAGUGGAGAUUAUAAUCCUUUGCAUAUUGACCCUAAUAUCUCCAUGAUGGCGGGAUUCAAAAAGCCAAUACUGCAUGGGUUGUGCUCUCUGGGAUUUUCUGUUCGCCAUGUUCUUCAGACUUAUGCUGCUGGAGAUCCACAUUUAUUCAAAUCUAUUAAGGUGAGAUUUGCGAAGCCGGUUAUACCAGGUCAGACUCUACGUACUGAUAUGUGGCGCAACGGUAACAGAAUACAUUUUCAAACAUCUAUCGUUGAGACUGGAAUGCCAGUUAACACAGGUGCUUACGUUGAUCUAUUGGAAGUUAAAAUGGGAAUACCACGAACAAAUCCGUGUUCUGGAAAGACAGAUAUGGAGAGUGAUGCUAUAUUUGUGACUAUUGCGGAAAAAGUAAAAGAAAAUCCGGGCGAAGCUAAAAAAGUUAAUGCAGUUUUUCUUUACAAUAUUACUGACAAUGGGAAACAAGCAUCCGAAUGGACUCUCGAUUUAAAGAAGGGUGAAGUGUACAAAGGAAAACCUAAAUCUGGAAAAGCUGAUGCGACACUCACUGUAGAAGAUAAAGAUAUGGUUGAAAUCGCAUUGGGGAAAUUAAAUCCACAGAUGGCAUUUAUGCGUGGGAAAUUAAAGAUAACCGGAAAUAUUAUGCUUACACAAAAAUUGAAGACUCUUAUGGAUGCUAAUAAAUCAAAAUUGUGAUUUUCUAAAUAUUUUUAUGGUUGUCGAAGUAACGUAAUAUACGCAAUUAAAGACUACUGUAAAUUACGAAUUUAUACAAAGAAUCGGUUUUACCAACACCACUAAAAUGAUUGACCAAUUAAUUGUCAACAUUGUUUAAUUGUUGUUCAUUGAUUAGUUAUUGUUGGUCAUUCCCACAACAUUCCUAAAAGGUCAUUCCCACAACAUUCCUAACAGCAAAUGCGAUUAGUCAAUUCUUAUGAAAAAAAUCAAAAUUAAUUGGGUGACCAAUUUAAUGGUAUUGAUGAAACCGACUCAAAGUAUUAAUGGAAAUGUUUGUAUAGGUUGAGGGUAUUCAUAUUCUCAUAUAUAUGUUGUUAUUAUUUGUUUCAAUAGAAACUUUUAUAACGAAUUUGUUGCAGUUUGGGAAAAAUAUUGAUUUUAUGACUUUAUAUAUAUAAUAUAUAUAUAGCUACAUUGUAAUACAUUUAUAAUAAAGCUAUCAAUUGAA